CGCCAUUUGCACAUCACACCACCAACACGACACACAUGCAUAUACAUACAUACAUACACAUAUAUAUAUAUAUCUAUCCCCACACGAGCAGUGAUGAUGACGUGUUCGCAUUCGACGUCAUUCCGUGCGUCGUCGUCUUUCGAUUAUAUAUUCUGAGUCCAUCCUCGAAGUUUCCGCGCCGUUUCCACUCCGAACCCUAUACGCGAGUUGGGAAGGGCAGAUAUAGCAAUUGAGAGAGGAUGGUGUUGGGGAGUAUAUGGACUCUGUUCUGCGGGGACGAUGACUCUGGAUGUUGGACCGUCCACGGCACUUCUUGCCGUGCUGAUCUGAUGUUCUUGAUGCAUCCUUCUUCCUGCACCAAUCAUGUCGUGACAAUUAGUUUCGAUGUUGUGCUUUUUAUCAUGCUCUUGUUCACUGUUUUAUCCAAGGCAUCAUCCAAAUCAUCGGUUUCGUCUCUAAGAAACAAAUCAAGGCUGCAGAUUGUAUCAGCUAUGUAUAAUGGCUUUCUUGGAUUAGUUUAUUUAUUUAUGGGAAUCUGGAUCUUGGAGGAGAAGUUGAGGAAAUCGCGGGGUGUUUUGCCUAUGCAUUGGUGGAUCCUAUUCGUGCUUCAUGGACUAAUGUGGUUAGUCGUCGGGUUGCUUGUAAGCCUCAGGGGACAGUUUUAUUCGAGAGCUCCAUUGAGGUUGUUGUCGAUUCUUGCAUUCCUGUUUGCUGGAAUAAUGUGUGGAUUCUCGGUUAUUGCUGCUGUUCUUAGGAAGGAGAUGUCGGUUAAGAUUGUUACGGAUGUUCUGUCAUUCAUAGGAUCUACUGUCUUGAUCCUAUGCACUUACAAAGGUUUGAGAUAUGGAGGAGAUGCAGGAAAUGAAGAUAUUUACAAUCCACUUCUUGGCAAUGGCAAUGGCAGAAGCAAAGAGUGUAAAGUUGCUACUGUGACUCCAUUUUCGGGAGCAGGUUUCUUCAGUAGAUACACAUUUUGGUGGCUGAAUCCAUUGAUGAGAUUGGGGAAGGAGAAAACUCUUGAGGAUGAAGAUAUGCCAAAGUUGCGGGAGGAUGAUCGAGCAGAGUCAUGCUACGUGAAGUUUUUGGAGAAACAUAGCGAACAAAGGGAGUCUAGUUCAACAUCCCAGCCGUCAAUCUUGAAGACGAUAUUUUUAUGUCACUGGAAAGAGAUAUUCAUGUCUGGUUUCUUCGCACUAUUGAAGGUAAUCACUGUUUCCGCAGGUCCUUUGCUGCUCAAAGCUUUCAUCAAUGUCGCUGAAGGCGAGGAGGAUUUCGAAUACGAAAAGUAUGUAUUGGUUAUCACACUUUUCUGUACAAAAAUGAUCGAAUCCAUAGCUCAACGACAGUGGUACUUUCGAGCAAGACUACUCGGUCUUAAGAUAAGAUCUUUGCUCUCUGCAGCUGUCUACCGAAAACAGCUGCGAUUAUCUAAUGCCGCUAAGCUGAUUCACUCCAGCGGCGAAAUCAUGAACUAUGUUACCGUGGAUGCCUACAGAAUCGGAGAGUUCCCUUUCUGGUUUCAUCAGAUAUGGACGACGAGCAUCCAGCUUUGUUUUGCAAUUGCCAUUCUCUUCCAGGCUGUUGGACUUGCUACGGUUGCAUCUGUGACUGUGAUAAUCAUCACUGUUCUGUGCAAUAUGCCGUUGGCGAAGCUACAGCAUAAGUUUCAGAGCAAACUCAUGGUGGCGCAGGACGAAAGAUUGAAGGCCAUGAGCGAGGCUCUUGUGAACAUGAAGGUUUUGAAGUUAUACGCGUGGGAGACUCACUUCCGGCGCGCUAUAGAGAAUCUGAGAAAGGUUGAAGAUAAAUGGCUGUCGGCUGUUCAGAUCCGGAGGGCGUACAAUUCUUUCCUUUUCUGGUCUUCCCCUGUGUUAGUCUCGGCAGCUACCUUCGGCGCUUGCUACUUCCUCGGCGUUCCAUUGACUUCUAGCAAUGUCUUUACAUUUGUUGCGACGUUGCGCCUGGUUCAGGAUCCUGUUAGAACUAUCCCCGAUGUCAUUGGAGUGUUCAUUCAAGCGAAUGUCGCUUUUACUAGGAUUGUGAAGUUUCUCGAGGCGCCCGAGCUGGAAACUGCAAAUGUCCGGGGAAAGUCACUCGCAGAUGAUACUAAUCACAGUGUCUGUUUCAAGUCGGCCAAUCUUUCGUGGGACGGGAAUCAAUCAAAGCCAACACUACGAAACAUUGAUUUGGAAGUUAAACAAGGUGAAAAGAUCGCAAUUUGUGGCGAAGUAGGUUCAGGGAAGUCCACCCUCCUCGCGGCAAUUCUUGGAGAGGUCCCGAUAACCGAAGGAACUGUUCAAGUACACGGGACCAUUGCCUACGUCUCGCAAUCUGCUUGGAUUCAAACAGGGAGCAUUCGAGAAAACAUUCUGUUUGGUUCUGCCUUGGACAGCAAGAGGUAUCACGAUACGCUGGAGAGGUGUUCGCUGGUAAAGGAUCUCGAGCUUCUGCCGUAUGGUGAUCUCACUGAGAUAGGUGAAAGAGGAGUUAAUCUCAGUGGCGGACAAAAACAACGAAUCCAACUCGCCCGUGCUCUUUAUAAAGAUGCUGAUAUAUACCUCUUGGAUGAUCCUUUUAGCGCUGUCGAUGCACACACCGCCACAAGCUUGUUCAACGAAUAUGUUAUGGCAGCCUUAUCGCAGAAGACAGUCUUACUCGUUACUCAUCAAGUCGAUUUCCUUCCUGCAUUCCAUUCCAUCUUGCUGAUGUCCGAUGGCGAGAUUUUACAUGCUGCACCUUACUCUGAAUUGCUUGCAUCUUGCCAAGAAUUUCGGGAUCUUGUCCAUGCACACGAAGAGACUGCCGGUUCUGAAAGGCUUUCAGAAGUAGCUGCUUCUCAAAGGGGCAAAGCCUCGCCAAAAGAGAUUCGGAAGACGUACGUAGAAAAUGCUACGGCGCCGGGAGGCGAGCAGUUGAUAAAGAAAGAAGAGAGGGAUGUUGGGGAUACAGGAUUUAAGCCUUACAUUCUCUACUUAAAGCAGAACAAAGGCUUUCUUAUCUUCUCCGCGGCUGUUCUCAGUCACUUAACAUUCGCCAUCGGUCAGGUGAUUCAAAAUUCUUGGAUGGCAGCGAAUGUCGACGAUCCGCGCGUACAGACGCUGAGGUUGAUUCUUGUGUACUUGCUGAUUGGCGUUGUGUCGACGCUAUUUCUGAUUGUUAGAACCGUGGCCACAGUCAUGCUCGGAAUGCAGGCGUCGAGAGCCUUGUUUUCGCAGCUACUGAUAUCUUUAUUCCGAGCUCCAAUGACAUUUUACGACUCAACGCCUCUCGGGAGAAUACUAAGCAGGGUCUCGGCAGAUUUGAGCAUCACUGAUCUCGACAUCCCCUUCAACUUCGUGUUCACAGCCGGAUCGACUAUAAAUUGCUACACUAAUCUCGCAGUGUUGGCUGUCAUUACAUGGCAAGUUUUAUUCGUUUCUGUACCAAUGAUCUACGUUGCUAUCCGCCUGCAGAAGUAUUACUUCGCCUCGGCGAAAGAGUUGAUGCGGAUAAAUGGGACGACAAAAUCUUUCGUCGCAAACCAUCUGGCUGAAUCUGUGGCCGGGGUGAUUACUAUAAGAGCAUUCAAAGAAGAAGACAGGUUCUUCGCCAAGAAUCUGGAACUAGUCGACACGAAUGGCAGCCCGUUCUUUCACUAUUUUUCGGCAAAUGAGUGGCUGAUUCAGAGGCUAGAGACUCUUAGUGCUGUUGUUCUUUCCUUCGCCGGCCUAUGCAUGGUCUUGCUUCCUUCGGGAACAUUCACCUCUGGAUUUAUCGGAAUGGCUCUGUCCUACGGUCUCUCGCUCAACAUGUCCCUUGUCUUCUCCAUCAACAACCAGUGCAUGCUCGCGAACUACAUCAUUUCAGUCGAAAGACUCGACCAGUACAUGCACAUCGAAAGCGAGGCGCCUGAAGUUAUCGAGGAGAGUCGCCCCCCUGCCAACUGGCCGAGCGAGGGCAGAGUCGAAAUAAAAAACUUGGAGAUAAGGUAUCGACCCGAUGCACCGCUUGUUCUAUGCGGCAUUACUUGCACGUUUGAAGGAGGCCACAAGAUUGGCAUUGUCGGAAGAACAGGCAGUGGGAAGACUACACUUAUCGGCGUAUUGUUCCGUUUGGUCGAGCCGGCCGGAGGGCAGAUUCUGGUGGACGGUGUCGAUAUCACAAAAAUCGGGCUUCAUGACUUGAGGUCACGUUUUGGAAUUAUUCCUCAAGACCCGACUCUUUUCACCGGCUCUGUGAGGUACAACUUGGAUCCAUUGGGACAACAUAGUGAUGAGGAUAUAUGGGAGGUUCUGGGAAAGUGUCAACUAAAAGAUGCUGUGCAAGAGAAAGAAGAGGGACUAGAUUCACCAGUUUUAGAAGACGGAUCGAACUGGAGCAUGGGGCAAAGGCAGUUGUUCUGUUUAGGGCGCGCAUUAUUGAGGAGAAGCAAGAUUUUAAUCCUGGACGAAGCGACUGCGUCAAUAGACAAUGCGACGGAUAUGAUCCUGCAGAAGACGAUCAGGACUGAAUUUGCGGAAUGCACUGUGAUCACUGUGGCUCAUAGAAUACCGACGGUGAUGGACUCCACGAUGGUUCUUGCCAUCAGCGACGGCAAGGUGGUGGAAUUCGACGAGCCGGGGAAGCUGAUGAAGCGGGAUGAGUCGUUGUUCGGGCAACUAGUGAAGGAGUAUUGGUCUCACUACCAAUCUGCAGAAGAAUCUGCAUAUUAACUAACUUAAGGUAACCUUAAGGUUUAAUUUAGAUAUUGGCAAAAAAUGAAGGAAUGAAUGAUCUAAUAUAUCAUCAUGUAGUGUAAUAUUGUUUUGUGUAGUAAGUAAAUGUGUGAAGGAAGGCUAAUGUUCAAUGA